AUGCCCCCCGCUAUAAUGGACAGAACCAGAAAACGAGCGAAGCAAGCGUGCGACCAGUGCCGAGUUAAGAAAACAAAGGUAAGUAAUUUAGUCCUGAUGCGAUUAAGCCUAAUGCUGACCUUGAUCUCGUGUGAUGGGGAGCAUCUAUGCGGGAGAUGUCGAGCCGAAAACUCUGUAUGUAACUACAGUCAGAGAGCGAGUCACCAGCAAAGUAGAAACUCUCACACAGCUCUCCUCGAGACACAAAACAGACAGCUUAAGAACGCAUUACAAAUGUUAUACGAAUACGUCCAGACCGGCCACAGUCUGCCGGCCUUACCAGUGCAGAGUAUGGGAGAUGGCCGCCCAUUCCUGCACGACAUUGUGACGUACCUGAACGCAGUGCCCAUAGGCGCGUCAAUCAGGCACGAUCAACUACCAUACCAGAUUUCAAGGCCAAACACAAUGCCUACUGCGUCUCUUCCGCAAUCACAGCCAGAACCCUUACCAUAUUCAACCUUUGUUGCAACUGUCUCGGAGCCGAACACCUUCAUGGUCUCGUUAAUACAACAGGAUAUGCCGCUACUAGAGCAUGAAAUCCUUGAAAGCAGAUUGAACCUGCAAGAGAUUUACUCGUUAAUGGAUACGGACGGAGCCGAGGCUGCAGGGUUACACUGGCUACAAACUCACACAGCAUGA